UUUUGUAAUCUCUAUUGUUAUAUUUCCCAGGCUGUGUCUACGGCGUAAAGCAGAGAACAAAUCCACUUUCGUUUCUGGGGAACUUCAGGAAGCGUUUACUGCAGUAGUGCGCCUGCGCAGUUGGUCUCCACCAAAUUGCCCGCUUUCCUCCGUCCGGCUAGCAGGGGGCGCUGUGAGCAGACCCCGCCUGCGGGCCGCCGACCGCGACCAUGGUCUCCAAGUCCGACCAACUGCUCAUCGUCGUGUCCAUCCUAGAAGGUCGCCAUUUCCCCAAACGUCCAAAACAUAUGCUUGUAGUAGAAGCAAAGUUUGAUGGAGAACAGUUGGCUACUGAUCCUGUGGACCAUACUGACCAGCCAGAAUUUGCUACUGAGUUAGCCUGGGAAAUUGACAGGAAAGCACUUCAUCAGCACAGGCUACAGCGUACUCCUAUCAAACUCCAUUGUUUUGCCUUGGAUCCUUUAUCUUCAUCCAGGGAAACUAUAGGUUACAUUGUUCUAGACCUAAGAACUGCUCAAGAAACAAAGCAGGCACCAAAAUGGUACCAGUUGCUGAGUAAUAAAUACACCAAGUUCAAGUCUGAGAUACAGAUAAGCAUUGCUUUGGAAACAGAUACAAAGGCACCAGUGGAUAGUUUUAAAGCAAAGGGAGCCCCUCCUCGAGAUGGAAGAGUACCCGCCAGCCUGUCUGGACUUGACGCAAAGGACAUUGUGGCGGUGCUGAAUGAGGAGGGAGGCUAUCAUCAGAUUGGACCAGCAGAGUAUUGUACUGACUUCUUCGUGAUGUCCGUGACCAUAGCAUUCGCCACCCAGUUGGAGCAGUUAAUUCCAUGUACCAUGAAACUUCCAGAAAGACGGCCUGAGUUUUUCUUUUACUAUUCUUUACUGGGAAAUGAUGUUACAAAUGAACCCUUCAGUGAUUUGAUCAACCCAGACUUUGAGCCAGAGAGAGCAUCUGUUCGAAUACGUAGCAGUAUAGCAAUUCUUCGUGUUUACCUGGCUCUUCAGUCUAAACUACAGAUCCACCUCUGCUGUGGAGACCAGUCACUUGGAAGUACAGAAAUACCCUUAACCGGACUACUGAAAAAGGGUAGUACAGAAAUCAACCAUCGCCCAGUCACAGUUGAAGGUGCUUUUACUCUUGACCCUCCAAACCGAGCCAAACAAAAGCUUGCACCUGUUCCUGUGGAUCUGGCCCCCACUGUGGGAGUGUCUGUGGCUCUGCAGAGAGAAGGCAUAGAUGCCCAGUCUUUAAUUGAAUUAAAGACCCAGAAUGAACAUGAGCCACACCAUUCAAAGAAGACAGUUUUCACCCCCACAAAGGAGAAGACACACACUGGGCCCAAGUCUCCACGCGUGUCCCCUGUUCCACCUCACAGUCAGUCACCUCCAACAAGAGACGACGCAACAGAAAGUGAAGUGGAAAGCUUACAGUAUGAUAAGGACACAAAACCCAAUCCAAAGGCUGUCAGUUCUUCUGAACCUGCUUUACUGGCCCAGCCAGUGACUACAUCCAUUGCUUCAGGAACAGCUUCAGGACAGAAAAUUGCUGUUCCUGCAACAUCACAUCAUUUUUGCUUUUCAAUAGACUUAAGGAGUAUCCGUGAUUUGGAAGUUGGUUUUCCAGUCAACUGUAUAUUAAGGUACUCAUAUCCUUUCUUCGGAAGUGCAGCUCCUAUUAUGACUAAUCCUCCUAUAGAAGUUCGGAAAAACAUGGAAGUUUUUCUUCCCCAAUCUUACUGUGCAUUUGAUUUUGCAACUAUGCCUCAUCAGCUGCAGGAUACCUUCCUAAGGAUUCCAUUGCUGGUUGAAUUAUGGCACAAGGAUAAAAUGAGUAAAGAUUUACUUCUGGGAAUUGCCAGAAUCCAACUUUCUAACAUCUUGUCUUCAGAAAAAACUCGCUUUUUAGGUUCUAAUGGUGAACAGUGUUGGCGACAAACUUUCAGUGAAAGCGUGCCUAUUAUAGCAGCACAAGGGUCAAAUAACAGGAUAGUAGAUCUUUCUUACACAGUGACUUUAGAAGAUUACGGACUGGUGAAAAUGCGUGAGAUUUUUGUGUCUGAUUCAUCUCAGGGUUUAUCUGCUGUACAACAAAAGCCAUCUUCUCUUCCUCCAGCACCUUGCCCUUCAGAAAUCCAGACAGAGCCUCGUGAAACCUUAGAAUACAAAGCAGCACUUGAGCUAGAAAUGUGGAAAGAGAUGCAGGAAGACAUUUUUGAAAAUCAGCUAAAGCAGAAAGAACUGGCUCAUAUGCAAGCUCUUGCAGAGGAAUGGAAGAAAAGGGACCGAGAGAGGGAAUCACUAGUAAAGAAAAAGGUUGCUGAAUAUACUAUUCUUGAAGGAAAACUUCAAAAAACCCUAGUUGACUUGGAGAAGCGAGAGCAGCAGCUGGCCAUUGCAGAAUCAGAGAUUCAGAGAGAAAGAAGGGAACUGAAAUCAGAACGUGAACGGAACCUGCAGGAACUCCAGGACUCUAUCCGUAGGGCCAAAGAAGAUUGUGUUCACCAAAUAGAGCUAGAAAGGUUGAAGAUGAAGCAACUAGAAGAGGAUAAACAGCGACUUCAGCAACAGCUCAAUGAUGCUGAAAAUAAGUAUAAGAUUUUGGAAAAAGAGUUCCAUCAGUUCAAGGAUCAGCAAAGCAGCAAACCAGAAAUUCGGCUACAGUCUGAAAUAAAUCUUCUCACUUUGGAAAAGGUUGAACUUGAAAGAAAGUUGGAAUCCGCAACUAAGUCUAAGCUGCAUUACAAGCAGCAGUGGGGACGAGCUUUGAAAGAACUUGCCAGACUUAAACAGCGGGAGCAAGAAAGUCAAAUGGCUCGUCUUAAAAAACAGCAAGAAGAGUUGGAACAGAUGAGACUACGUUACUUGGCUGCUGAGGAAAAAGAUACAGUAAACACCGAGAGACAAGAAUUGUUGGAUAUAAGAAAUGAACUGAACAGGUUAAGGCAACAAGAACAAAAACAGUACCAGGAUUCCAGAGAGAUUGCAAGUGGAAAAAUGGAUGGCCCACAUGGCAGUGCAUUGGAAGAAGGUUUGGAUGAUUAUUUGACUCGCCUCAUAGAAGAAAGGGAUACUUUGAUGAGGACGGGUGUGUAUAAUCAUGAGGAUCGAAUAAUAAGUGAACUUGACCGACAGAUCGGAGAGAUUUUGGCAAAAAACAAUGCCAGUAAUUAAUAACAUUUGGAAAAUCUUUACAGAGACUCCAGGUCUAAAUUUUAAUUUAAUAGUAAAGCCCUCAAAAGAAGGGAAAAUGGAUGUUUUACAAUGCAAUUUUCAGUUUUUUAUAAGCAAAAUUUUGUAUGUUAUUGUAUAGUAUUUAUUCGAUUUUAUUUACUUUAUGCUACCUCUCCCACUCUGGUUUAUUUGUAAUUGCAUUUUAUAUUCUCAUUUUUAAUGACUUUUCAGUGUUUCUCAUAAUUUAUAAUUUCAUGGCUAACUUUCAAA